CGCGGGUUGCGCGGCGCAGGAGCCGCCGCCAACGGAGGGCCGGGCGCAGCGGCCGCAGCCUGGGCGGGCUCAGGGCCAAGCGGACGGGGGGGGGCCCGGGCCUCUCGGGAGGCCGCGGCCACUCCCCUCCCCCCCGGACCGGCGCGGCGGGGGAGGCGGAGGAUGGAAACACCCUUCUACGGCGAUGAGGCGCUAAGCGGCCUGGGCGGCGGCGUCAGUGGCAGUGGCGGCGGUGGCAGCUUCGCGUCCUCGGGUCGCCUGUUCCCCGGGGCGCCCCCGACGGCAGUGGCCAGCAGCAUGAUGAAGAAGGAUGCGCUGACGCUAAGCCUGAGCGAGCAGGUGGCAGCGGCGCUCAAGCCCGCGGCCGCGCCGCCCCCGGCCCCCCUGCGCACCGACGGCGCCCCUGGUGCGGCGCCCCCCGACGGCCUGCUCGCCUCGCCGGACCUGGGGCUGCUCAAGCUCGCCUCGCCAGAACUCGAACGCCUCAUCAUCCAGUCCAACGGGCUGGUCACCACCACGCCUACGAGCACGCAAUUCCUCUACCCCAAGGUGGCGGCCAGCGAGGAGCAGGAAUUCGCCGAGGGCUUCGUCAAGGCCCUGGAGGACUUACACAAGCAGAACCAGCUGGGUGCGGGCGCAGCCUCCGCUGCCGCAGCGGCCGGGGGACCCACGGGCACGGCCCCGAGCGCCGCGCCUCCUGGCGAGCUGGCCACGGCGGCGGCCACGCCCGAGGCGCCGGUCUAUGCGAACCUGAGCAGCUACGCGGGUAGUACCGGGAGCGCGGGGGGCGCUGCGACGGUCGCCUUCGCCGCGGAACCCGUGCCCUUCCCGCCGCCGCCCCCGGGCGCGCUGGGGCCGCCGCGCCUCGCCGCGCUCAAGGAUGAGCCUCAGACCGUGCCCGACGUGCCGAGCUUCGGCGAGAGCCCGCCGCUGUCGCCCAUCGACAUGGACACUCAAGAGCGCAUCAAGGCGGAGCGCAAGCGGCUACGCAACCGCAUCGCUGCCUCCAAGUGUCGGAAGCGCAAGCUGGAGCGCAUCUCGCGCCUCGAGGAGAAAGUGAAGACGCUCAAGAGCCAGAACACGGAGCUGGCGUCCACCGCGAGCCUGCUGCGCGAGCAGGUGGCGCAGCUCAAGCAGAAGGUCCUCAGCCACGUCAACAGCGGCUGCCAGCUGCUGCCCCAGCACCAGGUGUCCGCGUACUGAGCCCGCGCGCGGGGCGCAUGCGCGGCCCCCCUCCCCGAGAGGCGGGCUCGCGUGGGGGGGGGCGUGGGUGCCCCGGACUUGGAGAGGGCGUGGCCCCGGGGACGCCCCCGGAUGGUGCCAGGACUUGGAGAGGGCGCCGCACAGUCGACAAGCUGGAACCCCUGCUGCCGGGGGGCCAGCGCAUGACCCCCCCCCGCCCCUCCCUCACGCUGCCUCUACCCUCUGCGCGUGGCCAUCCCGAGUUGCACAAACCCGCGCGCCCGGCUGCCCCUUUGUACGCACCGCCGCUGAAGAGGGUUCCGAGGGGGCGCAGCCUGAAGCCCUGCGUUGCCUUUUCUUUUACUUUUUUUGCAUUUGGAAGAGAGAACAGUGUUCGGUUCUGCCCUAUUUAUGUUUCUACUCGGGAACAAACGUUGGUUGUGUGCGUGUGUUUUUUUGUGUUGGUUUUUUUUUU